AUGACGUUAGUAAAGUAUUUGAUUUCCAUAUUCAUACUACCUGCGAUCAUCGCAUUAGGACGAAUCAAUCUUUAUUUGUCAGACGAAAUUCACGGGAAUUCUGAUGACGUUGUUCAGCAAAAUAAUUGCCUUUAUUUUGAUUUAAGUGAAGAUGAACGAACUCGUGAAAUUAUUCCUUAUUGUAUAAGUGAAUCACCAUCGAUGUGGGCUAUUGAGUCAACGAAUUUUGGUGGACGAUUUACUUAUGGCGACCUUAAUCGACAAAAUGUUACCAGUGAACAAUUAUAUCAAUGGUCAACACCGAUUGAUAUUUGUGAACGUUAUGAAUAUUAUUUAACUCUGUUUCUAUUGGGAUAUGAUACAUCAAAAAUCGAAGGAGAAAUAUUUUACAACUGCACAUUUCCAAUAUUCGGUCCACAAUGUCAAUAUCAAUUAGAUUUCAAUGGCUGGAACAUGACAUUAAAUGAUAUGAUCCGUAGUUACUAUAGUCAACAACGUUAUGGAGAAGAACCAUUGACUUGUUAUACACACUUGCAAUGUAAUCGUGGUUCGAUCCUUGUUUGUCUUGAUUGGACGGAAAUAUGUGAUGAGAAGAUCGAUUGUAUGGAUGAAAUUGAUGAGAAAGAUUGUUGGCCACUGAUGUAUGAUCAAUGUGAUAAUGGUCAAUGUGUUCCGCAUUUCGAAGAUCUUGAUCGAUCUGAUGAAUUGGGAAAUGAAUAUAAUGCACCAACCAUAUUAAAUGAAGAUACCGUCUGUUCAUGGCGUGAACGUAGUGGAAAGCAAUUUCGUUUUCCUCAUAAAAGUUCAUGUCGAGCUCAACGUCAGAAAACAAUCGAACAAGCCAUGUUUGCCGACAAAUUAGAGUCAAGCCUAGGUGACAAAUGCUUUUUGGCAUUUCAAUGUUAUUCAAACAUUCCCACCGAUAACGAUCUACGAUGUGCGAAUUUUUGUCAAAAUGAAACAUGUACCAGAAUUAUUAAGAAUAUGUGUCCAGCUAUCGUGUAUUAUCCAUCGGUUCCGAUUGCCUUUGGUCAUAUUUACUUUGCUUAUACCAUCGAAUAUAUCAUGCAUAGGAAAGGUCGAGAACAACUUUUUCCUGAAUAUAUAUGCUACAAUGACCAGCUUUGUGGCGGAUUUUCUUUAAAUGCAACGGUAAUACGGUUGCGAAAUAGUACAUGUCGUCAUCCGGAAGAUUUUCCACUAUCGGUUUCCUACAAUGGUAUGGAUUGGCUUUCUACAUAUAUCCAACUAAUAUGCACACAGCUUGGUCAUUGUAGUCAGUCACGAAUGCAUCAUAAUUUCAUAUGUGAUAGUUCCAAUAUGUAUCAAUGUAAGAACUCUUCGAAAUGUAUUCCGAUUUCAUAUGUCGGUGAUGGUAUUCGAGAUUGUGAUUAUUACGAUGAUGAAGACCAAAGUACGAUCGAUCAGCAAUGUGCGACAGGUCAAACCAAAAGAUUCUUCUACUGUCGAACAAACAAGAAAUGUAUCCACCGAAGUCAAGUGAAAAAUGGCAUCUGCGAUUGUCCAAUGGAUGAGUAUGGCAUGUGUGAUGAUGAAAAACGAGACUUUCAUCAGCUUCAUCAAGCAAUCAUUUUUGCAGAGAUUUGUGAUCGAUCUUUUGAUCUCCGACCGAUGAUGAUCAAUGGACAAUCUCAUACAGAUCAAACCAAUUGUGAACAUUGGCCAUGUAGUAAUACUUAUACGAGAUGCGAUGGUUUUUGGACUUGUCCUGAUGGAGCAGAUGAAGUCGACUGUCAUCGAAAACGCACUCGUUAUUGUCCACACUAUCAUCACAGAUGUAUUUCGGCAAGUACAUAUCAGUGGAUAUGUCUGCCUAUUGACAAAGCCAAUGAUGGCCGUAUAGAUUGCUUAGGCGGUGUCGAUUAA